ACUGUCCAAAUCUCCUGAAUCAUCACACCAAUAUUUCCCCCCAAAUUCCUAUGCAUUUUCUCUCUUUAAUAAAAACCCCCUCCACCCUUCUCUAUUCUCCUCAUUCCAUUUCCCACCACAUCUUCCAAUUCCAACAUUUUCGACAAGCAAACAAACAAGAUAACAAAUACUUCGUAUUAAUUAAUACAAAUGGAUGCCCAAUUCCAUGUUCUUGCUGUUGAUGAUAGCAUCAUCGAUAGAAAACUGAUCGAGAGGCUCCUCAAAACCUCGUCUUUUCAAGUUACCGCAGUUGAUUCACCAAACAAGGCUCUAGAAUUCUUGGGUUUGAAGGGGAAUCAAGGUUGUUUCGACGAAUCAUUGGCGAACAAGGUUAACAUGAUAAUUACAGAUUACUCGAUGCCGGGAAUGACAGGUUAUGAUUUAUUGAGGAAGAUUAAGGAAUCGGAAAGGUUUAGGGAUAUCCCAGUUGUGAUUAUGUCAUCUGAAAAUAUUCCUGCAAGGAUUAACAGAUGUUUGGCUGAAGGAGCAGAGGAAUUCUUCUUGAAACCUGUACAAUUGUCUGAUGUUGAUAAACUUAAACCCCAUUUGUUGAGGAGCAAAGUCAAGGAUUUUUGCAAGUUUCAACAACAUAGGAGGUUGUUGACUUGGUAUUCUGAUAAUCAAAAUCUUUGCCAAAGAUGCAUAUAAAUGUCAGCAUCCUUUUUUGAGCGAGUUUUUUGGGAUCAUAACAAUGAUGAUGAUGAUGAUGAUGAUGAUGAGAUGAAUGGAAAUUGGGAUUGGGCUUUCGGCAACCUUAUCGCUAAUCGGUCCUGAAAUGAAUGAUAUGGAUAAAUGGAUCUUGGGUUGAAAAGCUAAUUGGAGAUUAAAUUGAGUUUGGCAUGGCCCCCAUUGGUUACAACUUACAAGGGUAUAUGAAUCAAAAGAAAAGUUAGAUGUGAAUUUGUUAACAAUAGUCAAAAUCAGAAAUUAGAGGUGUUCAUUUUUAAUGUGCGACAGUAAUUCUUUUAGAUUGUUUGAGAGGAAUUUUGUUAAUGAUCCUCUUUUCUAAAAUUACUUAUGUAUUUGUAAAUAUCAGACCUAAAUGAAUAAUCCUGCAAUCACAAAAACAAUGAAUUUUUGUUCCUCAAUUUUCAUUUUGA